AUGAGCGAGGCAUUGAAAACGUUCAGAACUGGGCCCCGCGGAAGGCGACUGUACUUCUUAUAUGACAAAGAGUUGGAGGAUGCAGGACUUGAUGAAGCGGAGCGAAAAGAGAAGAACCGGCUGGUGGAUAAGGAGGACAGUCUGAAGGGUGCCGUGAUUAAUGAGGGAAAGAUAGUGCAAACUUUGGUAGCGAAGCUCCUGGACAUGGACAUGACAGAAUCGCGUCGAAGCUCGACAGACAGCGUCAAGAGUGUUCAAAGAAAGCGACGGCUAGAGAUCCUGCAAGACUAUGUGUCGACCCACAAAAAGAAGUUGGAUGGCAAACUGGCGUUUUCCGAAUACGACUGGACUAUAGUGUCGGAUGCAUUCGGCGUGAAAUCUGGGUUUGGUGCCGGCAUAUUCGAUCCGCCCACAGUAAACGUGCCAUCUGACACGCUUGAUGAAGUCAUGUGCAAUCUGAAACUUUUCCGUAAAGCGAUGGGACGACCUAGCACCGGAGUGGAAGCAAAAAAAAGAUAUUUUAUUGGAGCAGUUAUCUUUAGUUGCGCUGUUUUUGUAAGCGAUGAAAUAGCCGUAGACAUCGAGAGCUCGUUAGUUGGCAAGGAGGUUCCAGCAAAUGGUAACGUGGAAUUUCUUGUCAGGAUUGGAAAUUUCGUGAUCUGCAUCGUCGAGGCAAAGAAAUCCGAUUUUGACCAAGGGCGCGCUCAGAAUUACGUCGCGUGCGAAGUGGCUUACGAGUUGAACGGUGGUAGGCAAUCCAUCGUGUAUGGCAUCGUAUCAAAUUUUGUAGACUGGAUAUUCGUUCGUUUGACGGACGAAGCCGUGAAAGAAGCAGAAGAUUCCGUUAGCUUUGACAAGGAAGGCUAUCCUGACCGUGCGUCCGUGGAGAAAAUUUGUAAUGUCGUCAUGGGAAUUUUUGCUGAAAUGAAGGGACUCGCGAGUAGUUCCCAAUAA